AUGCCAGUCGUCUUUCGCCUGGAAGACGCGUCAAUAACACACAAUAUCCAAAGCCUGCCGAGGCGAAGCAUUCUGGCAACGUCGUCGGACAACCAAAUAGCAGUGGCACUGAUAGACAGACUGUACACGUUCAAGCACGAAAAAAAUGAAAUAAAACUGACCUGUAAAGCAAACACAGUCUCAUUCCCAAAAAAUGAGCAGACCGAAUUCAAUCAGCUGAAACUGGACGAAAAACAAAAAACGUACUACGAAGACCUGCAGAGAGUGAUGUGUACCUAUGCUGUGAUGGAAAUCUCAAGGUACGUUGGAAUCCAGCCGAAAAUGAUAAACAGGCUCAUAUGGAUCUGCUGGACACCAAAGUGUAAAAUAAACGAAGGAAAAGGAGUGUGUUUGCUCUGUACAGUAACAAUAGAUAACUCGAUUAACCUGUGGAUGCCGAGUCAGGAGGAAAAAGGAACGGAUUUGUAUAAACUGGAGAACAUACUGAAUCUGUCAAAUUCGUUAAUAAAUGAAGUUGGAAACAUGGAUGUCGAGGUUUGGGGAAGCAAAGCAGACAAGGAAGAGUCGAAGAAGAGAGUGCUCUUUAACCUGGUGACCACGGGACUUACGUCCUGCUGCUUCGUGGAGGAUCCUGAGAGCAAGGAGCAGGGGUUCCUGUGCGUGCUGAACGUGGAAGAGCACAUACUGCUGGUGUGGGUGUCGAGUGAGAUCAUGAAGGAGGAAGUGAGGGAGGAGGCAAAGGAUGUGAAAAGGAGACGCUCAACAAGGCCGAAGAAAGUAACAGAAGUAGGCCAAGAGGACGAGGAGGAAGAGGAGGAGGAGGAGGAGCCGCCGAAGAGGAGGAAGAAGGUGGCGGAAACUGUGCUGGGAAUGGCAGGGUUCAGCGCAAUGAACAAGGACUACUACGACCUGGACGCAUUCGACAUAAACAAGUGCAAGGACGUAUUCCCAGUGAACUCGAAGGUGAAGCUGAAACCCAUGCUUAGCUGCAAAACAGUGGCAGCAGUAAGAGUUAAUGUGUGCAGCUCAGUGGUGGCAGUGUGCAGGAACAAGUUGAAUUACCAAGUAUACUUCGCAGACAGAGGAGGAAUAAAGAAGUUUAACGCGCAGUUCGGCCUGAAACGGGAAGGCGGCCUUUUGAAAGUGGUAAACGUGAAAGUAAGUGAGACGAAGAGCAUGUACAGGACCGAAAGGGUAGUUGAGUCCUUAAAGUACUUCAGAAUGACAGGAAGAAGGGAAAAUGAGCUGCUGACGGGAUUCAGUGAGUCGACCUUCAUAGUCCACAACCUGAAAACAAGUGAAACGAGGGAGCUGGAGUGCGGAAGACUGCCAAUACUGUCGUACUCGCUCGAACACCAGUUCAUGGACCAGGAGAAGCUGGCGCUGGUGAACGUGGUGAACGGAGAGGGGGGGAUCUACAGGCUGCUGCUCGACGAGGACACGAAGAUAGAGCUCGAGGAGGCGGUGGAGAGUCCGAAGGAGCUGGCGUUUUGCCUCGCCACGCUCGGAGCGAACGAGGAAAUGACCUACGAGUGCCUGAUGAAGGGCCCGAUGCUGGAAGUGAGCUACGGCCUGGCCAACAAGAGCCUGUUCCACGUCCUCGUUCUCCUGAUCUCGAAGGGGGCGGACCUGGAGCUUUUUCUGGAGUACGUGGAGACGCAGAGGCCGAACAUGCCGCCGAACGCCGCCUUUUUCACGCUGAGGGAGGCUGAGAACCCCUUCCACCAGCUGAAGGCGGCUGAGGACCUGUUCGAGCUCAAGAAGCCUGACGACGAGUUCUACGAGUCGCUGCUAGCGAGCUGCCAGUGCAAGUGCGGGAUGACGCAGGCGCUGACCUGCUUCGCGCUUUACCUGUUCGCGUUCAUCGAGGCCUCGGGCACUACGCCGUUCGGGAGGAACGAGACCGUGGCCCCGAGCCGGAGCUGCGAGCCGCUUCUGUCGAAAAUGCUCCGGGGAGCUGCGCUGGGCGGCUGGGAGCUGCAGCUGAUAUACCAAACGUUAAAUCGCAUGUACAAGAGCAAGAUUUUAUCAGACUUGGCCGCCUUUGUGUCGAGGCAGUGGCCAACGGCAAAGUAG